AAAUUAAUUUGACAUAUCACACACAAAAAGAAACUCCAACCGAGAUAUUCACUUGCGAACGAGAAAAUAUCGAAUUUUUAUAAAGAAAUCAAGCUAAAACUUGCCAAAGUGUAUUAAACCAACAAAUAAAAAACAAUUAAAUAUGUAAAACAACAUACACAAUGAUGUGAAAAUAAUUAGAAUCUCAAGUGCAGGCUAUAGUUUGUCUUCUUUGCAAGAGAAACAAAAAAGAAGGCGUAGCAAACAAAGCAUUGUCUAGUCAAGUAGAAACUGCAGCAGCAGCAGCGAGAAAUCCCAACACUAUUACAACAAUCGAGGACAGGAAGCUACAAGGCGCCCUCGACUGCCACAUCCAAUUAGAACAACCAAACAAAUACCAUCUGUGUUAAAAGUUGUGAGGAAAAGACACAAAACGUUGAGAUACACACAGCUACCGAUGAGCAACUACAGACAUCACAUAGGCAGUGGAGGAUAUUGUGGAAUCGAAGUGCGCGACAUGCAUCCUAGAAUUUCUCAGAAUUUCACAUAUGUGAGUUCAUGUGUCAAAUAUAUGAUAUUCAUGUUGAAUUUUAUUUUCUGGCUGUUUGGUGGCCUGCUGCUGGCCAUUGGCCUGUACGCCUUCAAAGAUAAAUGGGAAUCGACGGGGUCGGUGCGUUUGGAAAGUUUCUACGAUGUGAUAUUGAAUAUUUCGUUGGUGCUAAUGAUUGCCGGAGUUGUGGUUUUCGUAGUCAGCUUUGCCGGUUGUCUGGGAGCUUUGAGGGAAAACACAUGUUUGCUCAAAUUCUAUUCAAUGUGUUUGCUACUGUUUUUCCUUAUGGAAAUGGCUAUUGCAAUAAUGGGUUUUGUCUUCCCACAAAAUAUGAAUUCAUUUCUGGAGGAGACGUUUACAGAUAAGAUAAUACACUCAUAUCGUGAUGAUCCCGAUUUGCAGAAUUUUAUUGACUUUGCCCAGCAAGAGUUCAAGUGCUGUGGUCUCAGUAAUGCUGGCUAUCAGGAUUGGAGCAAAAAUGAAUACUUCAAUUGCUCUUCUCCGUCUGUGGAAAAAUGUGGGGUGCCCUAUAGCUGUUGUAUUAAUGCCACUGACAUCAGCUCAGGUUUGGUUAAUAUCAUGUGCGGCUAUGAGGUCCAGGCCCAUUCGGUUGCUGCUGCCAGUAAACGUAUCUGGACCAGUGGGUGCAUUGAAAUUGUACGUGUAUGGGCUGAACGGAAUCUCUAUGCAAUUGCGGGCAUAGCUUUGGGUAUAGCAUUAAUCCAAUUGUUUGUCAUCUAUUUGGCUAAAACAUUGGAAGGUCAAAUCGAUCUGCAAAAGUCACGUUGGUCAGCGUGAAAUCCGUAGUAUUAACACUACACUAGUGAGCGAACAAGUGAUGUGUUUUAGAAACAACCAAGAAAUAUUCUAAACAAAAAAAAUACCCCCAGAUUUUUUAGCCCAUAUUUACAAGAAUAUUACAAGAUUUUUAUUUUAGAUGGUUCUUGCGCAAUAUAAUGAGUGCUCCAAAAAUAUGUAGUAUGUAGAUUUUAACAGAAAUUAAGUUUAUUUAUGUUUUUGGUAAUUGGACCGACAAGCGUUGUUCUUUUGUGCUAUGUCUAAUUUGUUUGAUAACUCAAAUUUUGUUUUCAAUGUUGGUCUUAAUUUGAUUUUGGUUUAAAUUCCUAGUUUCUGUUUUUCAUGUAUUUUACAUUAAAAAGACUUGGCUAACUAAGGAUUUCCUUGUAUGUAUGUAAGGGAAUUCUUAGUUACUAAUAUCCAUUAAUAAUUGGUUUAAAAUUCCAAAACAAAAGACUAAUUUUUUUUACAAACAAUAUACUAACACAUUUUUUCCGAAGCGUGCAAAUUUUUUAUAUAUAUUUAGACAUUGCCAAAGAAAAGAAAACAAACAAAAUAAGUGCAUUUUACUUCCCUUAACAAAAUGGAAGAAAUUAUCUUUACAAAUUGAAAAUGUGUUCCUUUGGGGAAUUCUCCACCUUGAAGUAACAACAUCCCUUGAUUUUUACCUAAAGCGCAAUACUAUAAAUUAAGUUUUUUUGUUUUUGUCUAAAUUUAAUAUUAUUAAAACAACAGAAUUACAUAAACAUUGCCAUUUUAAAUAGUUGAGAAAGAUUUCAAAAAAAAAAAAAAAAAAAAAAAAAAUAUUACAAAAUGAAUAUAUAAAAAGGCCAAGAGAAAUUGGAAAAAUAUUUUCAAAGGCCGAUCGAAAUGAAUAUAACUCCUUUGUAGCCCACAUUGUUUGAAUCUCUUUUUGGUUAACAACUAACCAUCAACAUUGUGGUCUAUGGCAUUGGAGUAAAUAUUUGUAGUAUUAAUGAGAAAAAAGCGAAAUAUUUUUAUUAUAUUAUCCGAAAAAUACAUUUACUAUUGUCUGUAUGAAAUAUGAAUAUUUCCAGCAUAUAUUAUCAAGAAUACUCUCCAAACUUAUAUACUCCAUUUUCGAAGAAGAAAAAAUAGAUAUAAAUAUGUACAGAAAAAACCUGGCAAAUAAAGAAACCACGGGUGAAACUUGUGCAACAAAAUUGCAGCAAAAGAAAGUUUUGUUGAAAGAAUUCUGAGUCUGUCUUACAGUAUUCUUCUUGAGACUCCCUUUCUUUCCUCUACUUCAAGAAGCUUUUACAGUUCAACAUACAUUUCCGUUUUACAAGUAAUUGUCAUUAACCUUUUCAAACGAACUUCUUUACACUUGCCCACCUGUGUUUGUUUAUUUGCUCAAGUCGUUUUUAUCAUAUCUCAAAUUUAUUACAUUCUCAAAUGAUUGAAAAAACACAAACAACUACAUUAAUUAAAAAAUAAACUGAAACAUGAAAAACUU